AUGGCCAGAGUAGCUAUCGUAACAGGAGCAGCACAAGGAAUUGGUCGGGCUGUUGCCCUAACUCGCAUCGAAUGGGGUCGACGUGCAUUGGCUGACAUCCCAAGCAAACAAGACGCCCUCGAGCAAGUAGUGAAGGAAAUUGAACGCCUAGGUCGAAAAGCUAUCGCUGUAACUGGUGAUGGUCGAAUGAACCUCAAGUUCAAGCUAUUGUUCAGAAGACUGUGGAGGCGAGAACAACAACGUAGCUUAUGCAGUAUCAAAAUCGGAGUUCGAGCGAUUACCCAGACGGCCGCUCUUGAAUGGGGCCAACAUAAUAUCACCGUUAAUGCUUAUGCGCCGGGAAUCGCACAUACGGAGAUGUUCACCUCAACCGGAGGAACCGUAGAAAACCUCGACAAAAUUAUUCCCGGAAAUGCGCCAAUAAAACGAGUAGAACGCCAGCAGAGGAGAUUGGAGAGGUCUAAGUCUGCGCUGGCAACUACUCAUCUCGUUUUUAUCGCUAGGGCAAACUAUCGGGUUGUGUUCCCCCCGACCUCUAACCAAAGACCCCACUUUCCGGACCGUCUGAAUAUGACCAAAGUAGCUAUAGUCACGGGAGCUGCUCAAGGGAUUGGGCGUGCUAUUGCGUUGCGAUUGGCUUCUGACGGAAUGGAUGUUGCUAUUAUAGACCUUCCCGCUAAAAAGGAGUCUUUAGAGAAGGUUUCUGGAGAGAUACAAGCGCUUGGUCGCAAGUCUCUAUCGCUUAUUGCUGAUGUUUCCAAGGAGCAAGAGGUGAAAGACGCCGUCAAGCACACAGUUGAAAUCCUGGGCGGGCUGGAUGUGAUGGUUGCAAACGCCGGUAUUUAUCAAGCGGCUAGCAUGUUUGAUGUUUCGGAUGAGCUACUUGACAAAGUUCUCGGCACAAACUUGAAGGGUGUACUAUAUUCCUACCGGGCAGCCGCUCUACAAAUGAUCCAGCAAGGAAGAGGGGGCCGGAUCAUUGGAGCGAGCAGCACAGCCGCCAACGUUCCAUACGCUGUUUCUAAAUUUGGAGUUCGUGCAAUUACUCAAACAGCCGCGUUAGAGUGGGGGCAAUAUGGGAUUACUGUCAAUGCAUAUGCACCCGGCAUCAUUCUCACACCACUAGUCACAGAGAGCGGCGGAGGUCCCAAUGGCGAGAACUAUGUAGAUAUGCUUAUGGGAAAUGCUGCAAUGAAACGAGUAGGCCAGCCAGAAGAAGUCGCCGCGCUUGUUGGCUUCCUGGCUUCUGAUGGGGCGAGUUAUAUUACCGUCCUAGCGAAUGCUUAUGUUGACCUCGGGCUCGGCCGCGCAAUCGCAUUGCGACUGGCAUCGGACGGAGUUGAUAUUGCAGUGAACGAUAUCACUAAGAGGCAAACAGAAGUUGAACAAUUGAUCGAAGAAAUUAAAUCCCUUGGGCGAAAUGCUAUCGCGGUACUCGCCGACGUAUCGAAGGAGGCAGAAGUCCAAGACAUGGUCUCAAAAACAGUGAAAGAAUUGGGUGGCUUAGAUAUAAUGGUGGCCAAUGCUGGAGUUCAUGCCAAUGCAUCUAUACUCGAUGUCACCGACGAAAUAUUUGACUGGACGAUGAACGUGAACUGCAAGGGUGUUUUGUAUUGUUACCGUGCUGCAGCGACGCAGAUGAUCAAUCAGGGGAGAGGAGGCCGGAUCAUCGGAGCCAGCAGCGUGAGGGGACUCAAUGCGGGAAAUUUGGAUGUCGCCUACGCUACCUCUAAAUUCGCUGUUCGCGCAAUCACUCAGACCGCAGCCCUGGAAUGGGGGGAAUAUAACAUUACUGUCAAUGCAUAUGCACCAGGUUUAAUCAAUACUCCAAUGGUUAAGGCCGCAGGAAAUGGAGCCAGCGAGGAACAAACCAUUCAAUUGCUGUUACCCAGUACCCAUGUUAAGAGAUUGGGUAAAGUUGAGGAGGUAGCAGCCCUCUCCGAGGAUAUCCCAGCUAAUGGAAGAUACCUCACAAGGACAAACAAUGAGCGUAAAUGGAGGUGCCAUAUUAAGCUGAAGGACAACGACAAACGUAAAGGAACGGUUCAAACAGCCGCUCGUAUUCAAGGACGGUGA